UCCCUGCAAUCUUAUUGCGACCAUCCCUUUUGAGCGCAUCUGAACUGGAGAGAGAGAGCGAGAGAAAAAAAAGGAGAGAGCGAGAGAGAUCCUAAAUAGAUUCAGGCACCAACAUUACCUACCUGCUCGAGCGAAAUACCGGGAGGACGCUCAAAUACGCGCGCGUCCACGCGCACUCGCUGAGUAGCAAGACAAUAUAAGGCAGAAAUAAAAAGCAAAAUUGGAAUUGGAGUUUUUAACACGAAGGCUAUUCCUUAAAAAUAAAAAUAUAAGAAUACAGCUUUACUGAAAAAAGCAACAGCCAUGCAUCUGAACAGAGAAGAAGGGAACAGCAAAGGGUCUCUAUCUAUCAGUGUGUUCCUAGUAUCUCUGGGGCUGACAGUGUGUGCCGUGUGGCUAGUAGCUCUGUGUGGAGUCUGCACCUGGUGUCAACGCAAACUGGGGAAGAGGAACAAGCCUGUUGUGGAAGCAGCCAGCACUCCAGAUUCAGUUCAGAUUCGUGGCCGAGGGGAAAACAAAGCCAUCAAUGAUCUAGACAGGGACUUUUGGAAUAACAAUGACAGCAGCAACGUGCAGCAGAGAUGGAGCUCCUACCCGCCCAAGGAGUUCCUCUUAAACAUGUCCCCCUAUGCCCCGUAUGGAGACCCUCGCCUCACGCCCAAUUUUGGGGACCCCUCCCUCUCAGCCGCCUCUACUCUGGAGCACAUUCCAUCCUCUGCAGCAGCCCGUCCUCGUCCCCUGGUGCGACAGCAGAGUCUCCAGCAGCCUCUCAGCCACCAGCCCCCUCCGGGCCCCAAUGACCCCCCAGCCACCUCCCAGAGCCUGGGCCAGCUGCACACAGGGCCCGGAGGCGGGGGGCACCGGGGAGGCCCGCGGGGGGUGCGGGGGAGUCCGGCGGGGACAGGUGCUUCCCGGUACAGAGGAGCAGGAGGAGGACGCUCCAGGUCCAACCCAGGCAGCUGGGACCACAUGAUGGGACAGAUCCGCAACAGAGGACUGGAUGUCAAGUCUUUCCUCGAGGGGAAGAUGGUUGUUCUGUCUCUAGCGAUCGGGCUGGCUGAACAAGAUGACUUCGCCAACCUCCCAGAUCUACAGGAAGCUCCAGCGUGCCAAGAAAACUCAACUCCACCGGACAAAUCAAGCAGGAGCCUGGGUAAACCUGGGAGCCAGACCCCAGAUGAGGCAGGCCGCCUCGGGAACUCCUCUGUCACAGACCUGACCAACUCUGUCACCACCAGCGACAUUCACAUGCUCUCUCCAGGCUCAGAAGAGGACACAGAAGGGCCUGUGGUUGAGAAGCUGGGCCGGAUUCAGUUCAGUGUGGGCUACAGCUUCCAGGACUCCACCCUGACCGUCAAGAUCCUUACGGGCCAGGAGCUCCCCGCCAAGGACUUCUCUGGCACCUCAGACCCCUUCGUCAAACUCUACCUGCUGCCUGACAAGAAGCACAAGCUGGAGACCAAGGUCAAGAGGAAGAACCUCAACCCUCGCUGGAACGAGACCUUCCUGUUUGAAGGGUUCCCCUAUGAGAAGGUGAUCCAGAGGACCCUCUAUAUGCAGGUGCUGGAUUACGAUCGCUUCAGCAGGAACGACCCCAUCGGGGAGGUGUCCAUUCCCCUUAACAAGGUGGAUCUGGGCAACCAGCAGACCUACUGGAAGGAGCUGAAGCCCUGCAGCGACGGCAGCGGGAGUCGAGGAGACCUGCUGGUGUCACUAUGCUACAACCCUCAAGCCAACACCAUCACUGUGACCAUCAUCAAAGCCCGCAACCUCAAAGCCAUGGACAUUGGAGGCACCUCCGAUCCCUAUGUGAAGCUGUGGCUGAUGCACAAGGACAAGCGUGUGGAGAAGAAGAAGACGGUGACAAUGAAGUGCUGUCUGAACCCCGUGUUCAACGAGUCCUUCCCCUUCGACGUCCCCGCCCACGUGCUCCGAGAGACCACCAUCAUCAUCACCGUCAUGGACAAGGACAAGCUCAGUCGCAACGACGUCAUCGGCAAGAUCUAUCUCUCGUGGAAGAGUGGUCCGGCGGAGGUGAAGCACUGGAAGGACAUGAUGGGUAAACCUCGUAAUGCCGUGCAGCAGUGGCAUGCCCUCAAGGCCUGAUACUGUAGGUCCUUCACAUCCACCCAGACCAUCCCAGCCCCCUGCCCUCCCACCCUAUCGUUAUGCACAAGGCUGACUCGCUGCAGAACAUGGGUACAAAUAGCCAUCCAACGCAUCCACCCUACGCAUCCACCCUCUCCUCCUGCCUGUCCUCUCUCAGAUCCCUAAUGAACUUCUCCUUCCUCUACUCCCCUCUGUUUAGCCGGGUCCUUUCUGAGUCUUGUUGCUUUUAAGCCAUACCUUCCUCUCAACCGUUGUUUUUUUCUCCUUGGUCCACCUUUACUCUGUUUUACUUUGGAGCAGUUCCCUCUGCCAGCCCUAGGGUGAGCCUCAGCCACCAACAAAAACAGGUUCAAAUAGACCAUAUAAGAAUCCUGCGUAAGGAGCUGGUGAAGGGCCUGUCUUUCAGGAAACAUUACAUCUGUGACUGUGUGACAGACUGACCGACAAGGAAUCCAGUUCCACCAUUAAUCCUGUGUCUCUCCAUCGUUCUCCUGUGGCAGUGAGGGGAGGCUUCUUCUCUCCCUAAUCACUGCUCUCUCUGUCGUCAGAAGCGAUCUGGUUGACUGUUCAUUUUUUUUUUGCUUCCCACGUUGACCCUUUGGUCCGUUCUCUUCUGCAAACACACAGAGAAUAUAACAGGAAGGAUCGAUAGAGAGAGAGAGAGAGGCAAACCAAUGGAAUAGAAGAGGGCUGGACUGUCUGGAUGAUAAUGGAAUUAGACGUGACACUGUCACUCCACCCCGUUCAUCAUCUCUGAUUUCUUUCUCUCCCACCACUGUAGUGAUUCUUCUGGACCCACUUGUUGUCUGUGCGUGCUGUGGGUGAUGUGCUGUAACUCCAAAUGAAGUUCUAGAUGAAAAAAUGAGAAAAUGACUGAUCAUUUACACUGGUCCAUGGGGGAAAUGUAAAAAGACGUUCCUAUUUUCUGGAGAGAAAAAAAAGAAUAAUGACAGAAAAAGAGUAAAGUGAUCAAUGUUGUGUUUUGUUUUUAAAAAGCCUAAAGAGACCAAUCAAAAUGUUCUUCCAGAGACAGUAAAUAGAAGCAAAAAGACUGCUAUUAUUCUGUCGUAUUCUCUCUGUGUGUGUGUGUGUGUGUGUGUGUGUGUGUGUGUGUGUGUGUGUGUGUGUGUGUGUGUGUGUGUGUGUGUGUGUGUGUGUGUGUGUGUGUGUGUGUGUGUGUGUGUGUGUGUGCGUGUCAGCGAAAGUUAGAGCGUGAAUGCGAGUGCAAGUGUGUGAAAGUAUUGGGCUUGCACUGCUAUCAAAUGAAUAACGACAAUAUUACUGAUAAUAAUGAUGACAAUAAUAAUCAUCAGUAUUCUACUGGAUAUGUUUGAAGACUUGGAGAGGUCACAGCAGCUAAGCAGUGACAGAGGGAGAGGGGUACAGUCUGUGGGGUAGUGCCUGCUACCUGGUGUGGAACGGUAAGCAGAGGAGGAACUUGACAUGAACCACCAGUCUUCAUCUGAGCUGCUUUCUCUCAAUUGCAUCAUCCACUGCAGAUAACCAUAAAUAAAUGCCCCUCUCCCAACCAAGUCAGUUUAGUUUAUAAUGGAACACUAAGCCAAUUGAUCUUGUCCCCAUCAAGGUUGGUAACGUUACCUGUUUUUCUCUGUCAGUAAUUUUGUGUAAUUCUGCCUGUCUGUUGGAACGUGUGUCUGUCAGUUGGUCUGUAAGUCAUUUAGUCAACAUCUUAUUCAUUAGUGUGCAUGUUACAGAACACAUUGUUAUAAGAAUGUUAGUAGAUAAAUGUUUAGGUCUUAGUGGAAGGCUGUUCCAUUACUGGCCAAACCCCCUCUGCUCUGUCCUGCUCCAGAUGUUAGAUAGUUGGGUGUUAGUGAGUCUUCAGGACCAGGGCUGUUUCAUUACAGACCAAACCCCCUCUGCUCUGUCCUGCUCCUGAUGUUAGAUAGUUAGGGUGUUAGUGGGUCUUCAGGACCAGGGCUGUUUCAUUACAGACCAAACUCCCUCUGCUCUGUCCUGCUCCUGAUGUUAGAUAGUUAGGGUGUUAAUGGGUCUUCAGGACCAGGGCUGUUUCAUUACAGACCAAACCCCCUCUGCUCUGUCCUGCUCCUGAUGUUAGAUAGUUGGGUGUUAGUGAGUCUUCAGGACCACGGAUGUUACGGACCAAACCCCCUCUGCUCUGUCCUGCUCCUGAUGUUAGAUAGUUGGGUGUUAGUGAGUCUUCAGGACCACAGAUGUUACGGACCAAACCCCCUCUGCUCUGUCCUGCUCCUGAUGUUAGAUAGUUGGGUGUUAGUGAGUCUUCAGGACCACGGAUGUUAGGGACCUAACCCCCUCUGUUUUGUCCUGCUUCAGGACCAGGCUGUUCCAUUACUGGCCAGACCCCCUCUGCUCUGUGCUGCUCCUGAUGUCAUCCUGGUGUGACCUGUUCCAAGAUUAAGUUUCUCUAGCUACAAGAGUAAUAAUAAUAAUAUCAACUAAACCUAUUUUCUGUUUACAUUUGACUGUUUAUUUGUGUCUACUGAAUGUGUGUUUGCAAUGUGUGUAUGAGUGUGUCAACAUCUGACUGUUUGUGUUUACCGUGUAUGUAUGUGUGCUUGGUGUUCACUUUUGCCAUUUUCAUUUUCUUAAUAUGGAAUCUGUUUUUGGCUGUUUUUAUUCUGUAUAAAGUAAUUUAGAUGUUCAGUUAAUUAUUUAUGUUGUCGCUGAUCGCUAAGGAGGAGACUCUAAUGAUUACUGGGAUGUUGGAACGUGACAAAGGGCAUGUGUCUACUGUCUAUUUGUUGGGGUUUUAUGGGUUGGUUGGGGAGGGGGCCAUAGACAUUCGAGAAUCUGAGUGAAGAGAGAAACAAAGAGAAGAGAGAGAGGGGAGCUCAUUACAUCUGGCCAUACCACAUACAGCAUAUUCUAUUCUAGCCCUCUUCUGUUGGGCAGAGGGACCAUUCACUCAGGCCUGUGUGCAUCAAGGGCCUUGUGUUCUGGUUUAUCAUUUAAUAGGUGGCUUACAGAACCACAACAUGCUGUCCCUCCGCUCUAGGUCUGGCCCAACACACUGUCCCUCCGCUCUAGGUCUGGCCCAACAUGCUGUCCCUCCGCUCUAGGUCUGGCCCAACACACUGUCCCUCCGCUCUAGGUCUGGCCCAACACGCUGUCCCUCCGCUCUAGGUCUGGCCCAACACGCUGUCCCUCCGCUCUAGGUCUGGCCCAACACACUGUCCCUCCGCUCUAGGUCUGGCCCAACACGCUGUCCCUCCGCUCUAGGUCUGGCCCAACACACUUUUCCUCCGCUCUAGGUCUGGCCCAACACACUGUUCCUCCGCUCUAGGUCUGGCCCAACACACUGUCCCUCCCCUCUAGGUCUGGCCCAACACGCUGUCCCUCCCCUCUAGGUCUGACCCAACACGCUGUCCCUCCGCUCUAGGUCUGGCCCAACACACUGUCCCUCCCCUCUAGGUCUGGCCCAACACACUGUCCCUCCCCUCUACGUCUGGCCCAACACGCUGUCCCUCCGCUCUAGGUCUGGCCCAACACACUGUCCCUCCGCUCUACGUCUGGCCCAACACACUGUCCCUCCGCUCUAGGUCUGGCCCAACACGCUGUCCCUCCCCUCUAGGUCUGGCCCAACACACUGUCCCCCCCCCCCCCCCCCCUCUAGGUCUGGCCCAACACACUGUCCCUCUCCUCUAGGUCUGGCCCAACACGCUGUCCCUCCACUCUAGGACUGGCCCAACACGCUGUCCCUCCCCUCUAGGUCUGGCCCAACACGCUGUCCCUCCCCUCUAGGUCUGGCCCAACACGCUGUCCCACCCUUCUAGGUCUGGCCCAACACGCUGUCCAUCCGCUCUACGUCUGGCCCAACACGCUGUCCCUCCGCUCUACGUCUGGCCCAACACGCUGUCCCUCCGCUCUACGUCUGGCCCAACACGCUGUCCCUGUGCUCUACGUCUGGCCCAACACGCUGUCCCUCCGCUCUACGUCUGGCCCAACACGCUGUCCCUCCGCUCUAGGUCUGGCCCAGCACGCUGUCCCUCCGCUCUAGGACUGGCCCAACACGCUGUCCCUCCCCUCUAGGUCUGGCCCAACACGCUGUCCCUCCCCUCUAGGUCUGGCUCAACACGCUGUCCCUCCCCUCUAGGUCUGGCCCAACACGCUGUCCCUCCCUUCUAGGUCUGGCCCAACAUGCUGUCCCUCUGCUCUAGGUCUGGCCCAACACGCUGUCCCUCCCUUCUAGGUCUGGCCCAACACGCUGUCCCUCUGCUCUAGGUCUGGCCCAACACGCUGUCCCUCCCCUCUAGGUCUGGCCCAACACGCUGUCCCUCCCCUCUAGGUCUGGCCCAACACGUCCCUCCCCUCUAGGUCUGGCCCAACACGCUGUCCCUCCCUUCUAGGUCUGGCCCAACACGCUGUCCCUCCCCUCUAGGUCUGGCCCAACACGUCCCUCCCCUCUAGGUCUGGCCCAACACGCUGUCCCUCCCCUCUAGGUCUGGCCCAACACGCUGUCCCUCCCCUCUAGGUCUGGCCCAACACGCUGUCCUCCCCUCUAGGUCUGGCCCAACACGCUGUCCCUCCCUUCUAGGUCUGGCCCAACACGCUGUCCCUCUGCUCUAGGUCUGGCCCAACACACAGAGACUAAGACAGACGAGGUCUCCAUACGUCAGUGCUGACGUACUUCAAAACCCCACUGUGACACACAUGCUUUUUGGCACAAGGUGCUCUUAAACAACACCCCUCCCCCUCUCCUCCAUAUGCUCUCACUCCCCAAGUGUCACAGAGAAAAGGUGAGACAGACAAUGAUCAUCACCUCAUUUGCAUCACUGGAAUCUCCAGGCAGAGCAGAACAUAGCAGAGCACCUACCUGCUCCUAAAAUAACUGGGAACAGAGUCACCUCCCUGCCUCAUACUGAGCACACAAGCAAACGAUACAUCAUUAUGUAUGCAGACGCAGCAUUAAAUUGAAAAGAUCUGCUAGAAUAGGAAACACAGACCAAAUGGCACGAUACAGGUGAAAAUUAAUGAUUUGUUUGACUUGAUUUCCCUGAACUGAAAAUAGGUCCAGAAGCCAGGUAUGGUCCAUUUGCCUGAGGCAUUGAGCUUGGAUUCUUAGUAGAGUCCUUCCUUGGCCCUAGAAAAGCCCAGUAGCAAUUCAAAACACAGAUCUAAAUAAGUCUGAAAACUGAUCAGUGGUCACUCAGAUUGAAAUCACCCUAAAUGUCUGAUUAGGGCUCUCUACACAGAUAUUGGUGGAGAUACGAGGAGGAUUGGCCAAAACAGGCCAGGAUUUUGUGACAUUGUAUAAAGGAUCAAUUAAAAUUGUGUAUGUCAAAAGUUUUCAUUGGGGAUGUUGAUAUCUGUAUGUCCUUGACAUCCCUUUGUCCCAUCUCUUGCUCUCUUCUGUUCUCUCUUUAGUCACACAUCUGUGGGGUGCACAAUCUUAUAUAUCAACCAUUUAUUUUUUGGAAAUCUGUACAGUGUAUAAAUAUAGAAAUGUGUACAUAAAAAGAAGAAACUUCUAAAAUAGUUUUUGUUGUUU